AUGGGAUGUGAGAGACUCCCUCGUGACCUCAUAGUACGCAUUCUUCGAGCAUAUGAUCCGCUUACUCAUCAAUUUACAAUAAGGGGGAAGAUCAAGGAAAUUGAUGCACAAGAUGUUGCGGAGUUGUUGGAGGUACCCCACACAGGGAAAAAGGUAAGAACAGAUGUGGAUGAUGAUGAUGAAACAUAUAAGAGGUUGAAGAAUGAAUAUGGUAAAGUCUCUUUUACCAAGAUACUCAAAGACAUUAAAUCUGGGGAGAAUGAAGAGAAUUUCGAGUUCUUGUUCAUGCUGUACAUACUUGGGAGUUUUUUAGCUCCUACCUCACAAACAACAGUGAGUGACAAGCUAGUAAGGGUGAUGUGUUGUACUAUGAAUGAAUUUCACCGAUUUGAUUGGGCCACAUACAUUGUGAAUAACUUGUGGAAAGAGAUGGAAGAUUAUGUUGAAGUGUAUAGAAACGUAGGGGAAGACAAUGAUGAAGGGAGUUGCAACGUCGGAGGAUGCAUCUACCUCUUAUUGUUAUAUCUUGCUGAGCGCUUCCCAUUAUCUAAAUCUAUUAGAGAUGGGUCAAUAAGUGCUAUUCAAUUCUGGACUGAUGAGAGGAUAAAGGAGAUGACAAAGAAGGAAAGGCAGAGCAACAGAGGCCUAUUAUAUAAGGAGAAGGGCUCGAAAGUUAGGGUUGGAGAUGAGGAGAGAAGAAGGAGAAGUGUCGCUGACUUAUACCCUGAGUUGCAGAGCUUACAUCAAAAGUUGAUGGCUGUAAUUGAUUUAAGCUACAAGAGACUUGUUAGUGCAGUAGAGGAUGAGCUACAUAAGGUGCACAUAACGAUGGAGGAAAAUCGUACUGUGGGAGAUGAGGGCCCUAGUAAAGUUGGAGCUGAAUAUAAGGGAGAAGAUGAAGCUGAUGAUGGUGAUGAUGAAAAUGAGGGAGAUGAUGAUGAUGGACAGGACUCAGGACACGUACCUCAUCAUGGAGAUGACUCGGACGAGGCUGACAUGGUUGAUGUUGAGGAAGAAGGAAUACAAGCAGGAAAUAUGGAUUCCCUUGAUGUUUCCCCCAUGGACAAGAAUGCACAGCCCAGGAGAUCACAGAGGGAGCUAAGGACACUUGGAGGAAUUGAGAGAAUAGGUAACCGGCUUAUGUCAGUUGUGUGCAAGACUUUACUGGCUGAUAUGAAGAGCGAAGGAGAAGUCAAGCGACACAUAUUUGAUGCUGACUUUAUGGCAAUACUAGCUGCGAACCCAUCUCGGUGGGAUGCUAGAAAACGAGAAAAGCAGUUGCUGCCUGAAUAUGUCGGUUACAACAUAGGAGACUGUGACUUGAUAUUUGGACCUACACUUGUUGGUGCUCACUGGUUUUGUCUUAUGCUUGAGCCUAAGACAAUGAAUUUCUAUGUGCUGGACUCAAUGAAGCCAAGUUUUCCUGCUAAGAAGAGUAAGAAGAAAGGUGCAGCUGAUGAUGAUAUCAUGACUGUGGUGACCGGAUGUAGGGAUCGAUUUUAUGACAUGAUUGAGAUAGUAAAGCCCAAUACCAUUCGAAAGAAGCAGAUGAGUGACAUUAUUUGGGCCCCUGUUCCUCAACAGAACAAUCUGCGAGACUGUGGCGUUCAUGUUUUAAUAUGGUUGAGCAAAUGGGAGCCCGAUGUGACGCUUGAGUACAGUGAAGAACAUGUUGCUGAUUUCUGA